GCCCCCACCCCCUCUCUCUUGAUUCCUCCAUUGUUAUAAAUUAUAAUACUCGCGAAACCACAAUAGUUUCAAAAUCAAAUAACCCUACUAAAGUUUCUUCAUUAACUCCAAAUAACAUUGAAAAAAAAAAAAUGGGAGGAGAAGAUAACAAUAUGAUCAAAGAAACCUUCUUCAUAACCCAUGGAAACCCGAUUUUGACCGUGGUAGACACUCAUCCCUUAAGGCCAUUCUUUGAAACAUGGAGUGAAAAAAUAUUUUUGAAAAAGCCGAAGGCGAUACUUGUGAUCUCUGGUCACUGGGAAACUAAUCAUCCUGCUGUUAAUGCUGUUCAUAUCAAUGAUGUUAUCUAUGAUUUCGAUGACUAUCCUGAAGCCAUGUACCAGUUGAAAUAUCCAGCUCCAGGGUCACCAGAGUUGGCUAGCAGUGUAGAAGAAAAUCUGAAAAAAUCCGGGUUCGACACGGUGCACAUUGACAAAAAACGUGGGCUUGAUCAUGGUGCAUGGGUGCCUCUUAUGUACAUGUAUCCGGAGGCUGACAUUCCGGUAUGUCAGCUCUCCGUUCAGCCAAAAUUGGACGGAACGUACCACUACAACUUGGGACGGGCGUUGGCGCCGCUGAAAGACGAAGGUGUACUCAUCAUUGGUUCCGGAAGCGCAACACACCCUUUGGACGAAACCCCUCAUUAUCAUGGUGGUGUUGCUCCUUGGGCUGCUGACUUUGAUUCUUGGCUUGACGUAGCUCUCACUAAAGGAAGGUUUGAAGAAGUGAAUACAUAUGAAACCAAAGCACCAAACUGGGAAUUGGCACAUCCAUUCCCGGAGAAUUUUUAUCCAUUGCAUGUUGUCAUUGGGGCGGCUGGUGAAAUGUGGAAGGCUGAGCUUAUUCAUAAUAGUUGGGACCAUGGUACCUUAUGUCAUGGCUCCUACAAGUUUACUUCCACCUAAAUUAGUCUAUCGCUAAUUUAACGCACACACGCAUUAUUGUUGUCCUUGUUGUUGUAUUGUGUCUUCUUUUUCAAGUAUGUACUCCGUAUGUAUUAUUAUUAUCUUUGAUGAUUGCUAUGAGCCUAUGAUUAUAUUAAAAAGUUAAGCAAAUAAAGAAGUUUGUAAAGUCAGUGCAUAAGUGCUGAAAAUCAUUGUUAUCAUAUUGUGCUUCUUAAGUUUAUAUACAGUGGCGGACCCAGGAUUUUCCGACUGGUGAGUCACAAUCGAUAAUCAAAUAUGUUAAAAUCUUACAUGAAAACAGUGAACAUAGGAAAGAGAGGUGGAAGGAAAUACCAAAGUAAGGCACCAAAUGUAUAUAUAGAAUCUAUGUUAUUAAGUUGAGAAUAUAAAAACUUGUUGAGUAAUUUGUAUACAUUCUCUAACCGUAAACAAUCAAGCAUUAGACAUGAAGAGCAAAUCAAUCCAUAGAGUAGCAUAGGCCAAGAAUAACACCACUUAAGCAAUGGUAAAAAGAAAACUUACCAACUUUCUUCUGCGUUUCUUCAUUGAUUGAAUCUAGAUGAGCCUGCAAAGACAUAAUGGUAGAACCGUAAAAACCAAUUUGUGACUUGGCCACAAAACAUAAAAAAAAAAAUUAAAAAAAUAAAAAGUCAAAUCUUAUUUAUAUAGGUUUCUCAAAACAAGCAUAUUGGAUGUGCAAAAUGAAAGAAGUAACAUAUUCGAUCAUACACAUCAUAGAAUUUGACAUAAUUAACAAAAAGCUUCACAUCAAAAGCCCCAAAUAUAACCAAAGAAAUGAAAGCCUAGCAAAAUUGGUCGUGAAGAUCAUCCAAUUACAGUCCCAACCAAAGGGGUUAGACGAAAACAUAAGCAUUGAUACUCGAUAUUCAGUAUCUGACAAUAUACUACUCAUAAGAUUCUCUCCUCAAAUUAAUCCAAAAUUAUCGAGCCACAACCAUUUCGACAUCCAUCAACAAAAUACACCCAGAUGCUCCCCACUAAUCAUCCAAAAUCCAAACUGGAACCUAACACACCAUAGAUAACAGUUCCAUCAUCAC